CCAAACGAAGGAAUCGCACUGUCGCCACUCAAUGUUCUGCUGGGAAGCCCAUGUUAAACCGCCGUCUGCUGGUUUUCUGUCUAUGGUGACGUAUUGGAGUCUCAAGCUUGUUAUUCUGACAAAAGAAAUGAAAGAGGAUACCUCUUUGUUUUUUCGCCUUCAGAUCGUUUUUAUCUGGUGUCAUAUCUUUUAGUUUGUUGUUUAGAGUAAACAACAAACAUUUACUAUCUAUUAGAAAGCAUCCGGCAAAAGAUGAAGGAUACCAAUCAAGCAACUUGCAACGAUAUCAACAACGGCUGGGAUGCUUCUGAUGAAGGUGCUGCUACCGCCACCAAGACGGGUCACCAUGAGAAUGCUGCAUGGGACGAUCACGACGGUCUGUUCCAUUUCGACCUACUACGCAGUCCCCGGCGAGAGGACCAUGGAGACGAAGACGAAGGCAAUGCACCGAUAGUGGGAGAAAUUGUGGAUUUUGAUGGACCUGCCAUGGCAGAGGCGACAGAAGAUAAUAACAAGAGACAAGCAGCGAAUGACGUUGUUGUGGUUGUGGAUGGCUCUGAUGACGAUCAGAACAACAAGAAGGAAGAAGAAGAUAAUGAAGAAGGAGACAACUGCAGUGACGAUGGAUCGUUCCUCAAGUUGGAAAUGUUUGAAGGAGUCUUUGAAGAGCAUCCGGAUGGUUCGCACACGGAUGAUGGUAUUAUCCCACUCGCGGACGAAGAUGUCGUGGGAGUGGUGAGCACUACUGCGACGAAUUCAUCGUCCUCCGAUACCGACUCUUCUGUCAAGCGUCCCGCUGAAGUCGAAGAAGACGAUUCGCAGCGCUCCUUCAAAAAGGCAAAGCCCCAGACGAAUUCGACGACGGCAAUGGAAGAAGCCAAGCUUCCCACCGAGAUUGCCCUGAAACUGUCCACCAAGCCGGCUCCUCCCAAGGUCAACAAGCCCUCGGCGGCUGCUGCCAAUUUGAUCAGCGCCUUUCAAGAAGAACUCGUCAUCAAGCAAGACUUUCCCACGCCCAAGCACCCACGCAAACGACGUCCGAAUUGUAUGUUUGUCAACCAUUUUGGCACGCGCUUGAAUGUCAAGACGGGUGCCUCCGAGCCGGUCAAUGUACCCUCCAAGAACCGAAUCAGUAGCUGCGAAGAAAGUAUCAGCAUUCGAACCAAGACCACGGCGUCCACACGAAGCAGCAAGAGUGCUGAUACCAAGGGCACUCCUGUCUGUGCUACUACCACCAAGUCGGGAACUCCUUCUGUCAACACCGCGGAAGACUGUGUCCCCUCGGUGGUGCGUAUUGUCACGCCCACCGCCAACAAGCCCGCCAUUCGAUCCUCGCGAUUGGAAGACAUUACCAUGGAAGAAGACGAACUCGAACCGAUCUAUCAACCAACUGAUGAUGACGAUGUCAUGGUGAUUGAUAAAAAUCAUUUGCCAUACAUUACGUCCUUACCCCAGGUGUCGUCGUCCCCUCGUCCGAAAACUACCAGCAAGUCCAGUAAUAAUAAAGGCAAAGUCACAUCACGAUCGUCCUCACCCAAGACACCGCCCGCCAAGACCACCACCAAGAAGAAUAUAUCUCUGCCACCCAUGGUACCACCCGUCAUGAUGUCCCCCUGCAACUCGCGAAUGCAAGUCAACUUUAAUCGUCCAUUUCCACUCUUGCAACGCCGUGCCUUUUUGGCCGGUGCUUGUCCUCCCAUGCCACAUCACGCUCAAGCCGCGGCAUUUGCUGCAGGAGCUGCUGCGGCGGCUGCCGGAUGGCAUGGAGCUGCAUUCCCGCAUCCGGGCAUGCCCUUUCCUCCCUCCAUGUCACCCUUCCCACCCAUGCCAAACACUCCCACCAGUCAUCAGUGGACGACAAAGAAAAAGAAAUAAACAAGUGCUUUUCUUGCUACUACCGGUGUAUCGACGUUCGAAAUCGCCCAACAGUACAAGCAACCAAACAACCAAAACGACGACAAAUAGAAUCUCAUCAAAAGCACGGAACCAAAUCAAACAACGUUCUUGCCAGCCAAACCAAGCCAUCCAUCCAUCCCGGAGAGUUUUUAUUCCUUUUCUUCGUGCAUCAACCUGCCUGCCCACCUACACGAACGAGAAAUCUAUUAUUAUCUAAAAUCUACAGUACCUAAUGACCUAAACAAAACAAACAAUACAUCC